CUAUCAUAAAUAAACGACGUCGUUUCCACGAGCAAAACCCCAGGCCAAAAACCUUGUUUCUUUUGGCUUCUUAGGUCCUCCGCGGGAAGAGCAGACUCCAGAGGCGGAGACGACAGGAGAGAAGAGAAAGAUGGCGGGCGUAGGGGCAUUUUGGGGAACAAGAGUAAUGGAGAUAGUGAAGAAGCACGACUCAGGAGGUUUAGUUUGGAAACGAAUUAAACUCACCACCACUCGUAAAGCCAACGCCAAGAAACGUCUCCUUAGGGUUUGGCAGAAUGAAGCUGUGCUGAGGUCAUGUGCUGAACCAGAACCUUCAACUUCUGCAGCUGACGGUGGUGGAGUUGUAGAAAAAGAUGGCUCUGGCACCCAAACUUAACUUGCAAAAUGAGUGAGAAUAGUGACAAAUUUCAUAAAGUCAGUUUUGUUCCUGUGUUUGUCUAGAACUAUUUAGGUUUUGAAUUUGUUUUUUGGUUUGUCAAUCACUCUACUGUAAAAGGAUUCCUUAGAUUUAUACGAUAAAUACCAUAAAACUGGAACAUAUAUUUAACAUUUUUCCAAACACAA